AUGACUGAUAUUCGAAGUUUCUUCAAAAAAGGUUCAAUUGCAUCACCAUCAAGCAAUAAUAAACGAGUACGAGAACAACUGGAUAAUGACGAUGAAGAUAAUUUUAUACCAACAUCUGGCCACAAAUCACAAACAACUAAGCCGAAACCUGUAGAUGAGAAUGUUAUUGCAAUUAAAAAGUUUGAUAGUAUAACACCGAAAAAAAAGUUGAAAACUGAUGACAUCGAUCCAUUGGAAAAGAAGCGUCGAGUGGAAAAUUAUAAGAACUUUAUGAAUCGAGGUGGAGCAGAUGCUCCUGGUUCCAAAACAAUUCCAGAUGGAGCACCGAAUUGUCUUAAAAACUUAACAUUUGUGAUUUCUGGCAUACUUGAAUCUCUAGAACGUGAUGAAUGUAAAAGUCUAAUAGAAAAAUAUAGUGGUCGAGUAACAGGAUCGAUUAGUAGUAAAACAACACAUCUUAUUGUUGGCCGUGAUGGAGGUGAAUCGAAAUUAGAAAAGGCUCGAGAUCACAAAGUCAAAAUUAUAUCAGAAGAUGAUCUCCUACAAAUGAUUGCAACACGUCCAGGCGAUGAUAAAACGCCCAAAAAAGUCUUAGCUUCAAAUUCGCAACAACAACAACAACAACAACCACGACCUCCUCCAUCGCCGGUCAAAUCGAAACCAACAUCUAUUACUAUUGUGGGUGAUGUAGAUAAAGCUAAAGUUAGUUUAUCUACGCCUCCUUCAAUAAAAAAUGAUACACCAACAACUCCGAAACUAUCAAUAGAUGAAUCAACGCUCAUGUGGGCAGAUAAAUAUAGGCCUCGUACAAUGAAAAAUCUAAUUGGACAGCAAGGUGAUAAAUCUUGUGUUCAAAAAUUGACUGUCUGGUUACGUGAUUGGUAUACGCAUCAUGGACGUAGUGAUGAAAAAAUAAAAGCUAAACCGUCCACUGGUUUUAAUCGUAAUGAAGAUCCAGCUUUAUUCAAAGCUGCUCUUCUUAGUGGUCCACCUGGCAUCGGUAAAACAACAGCUGCUCAACUCGUCUGUGAACAUCUAAAUCUUGAAUAUAUUGAAAAGAAUGCUUCAGAUCAACGUUCAAAAAAAUUAGUAGCUACUCUUUCGAGUGAUUCUCAUAGUGUUGCUUCUUUUGUUAAUAAAUCAUCAUUAUCUAAUUGUGUUUUAAUCAUGGACGAAGUUGAUGGUGUAGCAGGUAAUGAAGAUCGUGGUGGUAUACAAGAACUUAUUGCACUUAUAAAACGAACUCGUAUACCAAUUAUCUGUAUUUGCAAUGAUCGGCAACAUAAAAAAAUACGUUCGUUAGCUAAUUAUUGUUACGAUUUACGAUUUUAUCGUCCAACUGUACAACAAAUUCGUGGUGCAAUGAUGACUGUUCUUCAUCGAGAAAAUAUUCAUCAAAUAAAACAAGAAACAUUAGAUGAUAUUAUUAAAUCGUGUAAUCAAGAUAUUCGACAAACACUUCAUUCUUUAAAUUUAUGGGCAAUAGAAGGUGAAACUAAUGCAAAAGCAGCUAAAAUGAUUGACAAAGCAGUUAAUAAUAAUCCAUUUGAAUUAUGUCGAUUAUCAUUUUCUGAUGAUUUACGGCAUAAGUCUUUAUCCGAAAAAAUCGAAAUAUUCUUCUUCGAUUAUCAAUUAAUGCCGUUAUUAAUUCAAGAAAAUUAUUUACAAUGUCAACCAACAUUACCAAGUUCAGACAGUGGAAAACGGAAAAUAACUGAUGUUGAAAAUUUAAGUUUACUUGUAAAAGCAGCUGAAAAUAUGUGUAUCGGUGAUGUAUGUUCACAGAUGAUCUAUAGUAGAAAUGAAAAUUGGUCUCUAUUGCCAUAUCAAGCAAUUUUUUCAACUGUUGCGCCAUGUUCAUAUGUUCGUGGUCAUCUUCGUGGCAUGGUCAAUUUUUCAUCAUUUUUCGGUCAACGAUCUCGAACAAAUAAAAAUGACCGACUACUAAAUGAAAUUGAAAAGCAUGUUUGUCUUAAAAUAGCAUCUGCUAAUAAACAACAAUUUAAUCUUGAUUAUUUGUCCUAUUUGGGUAAAAUUCUUAUUCAACCUUUACAACAAUCUCAACAGCAAGGCGUUGAACAAUGUAUUGCAUUACUCGAUGAAUACUAUCUUAAUAAAGAUGAUUUUCAAACAAUUAUGGAAUUAAAUACAUGGGGAAAAUCAGGUCGAAAUCCGUAUGAUCAGCUUGAUACACAAACAAAAUCUUCAUUAACACGUAUUUAUAACAAAACAAGUCAUCGAACACCGUACUCAAUAAUUGAUAUGAAAAAAUUAAAAAAAUCAAAAGGAGCUUUGGAUGAAGAUGACGAUGAAGAUAGUGGAGAUGGUGAUGAAGGUGAAAAUGACAACGGCGAAGAAGGUAACAUAGAAGAAGAUGCAAUGAUUAAAGUUGCUAAAAAACGUGCAGCCAAACCUACAGCUAAAAAAUCUCGAGCUAAAUAG